GAACGACUAGACGGUAGAGGUGGAGGAGAGAAAAAUCAUAAACUUCUGUUUACAACAACACGAUGGAGCCCAAAGGGUCGACCACCGUCUGCAGGCGGGUUUUACUAACCGGAUUUACUCUUUGUGCCGUACUAGUCACAAAACCUGCAUGUGCAAUCGAAAUAUACACCGACCCCGAGGUGGUAGUACAGAACGGCACGACGGGAGUCCUUCGGUGCACCUUCAAGUCCAGCGAGGUGGUCAAGAGCACCACCACGGUGACCUGGAGCUUCCAGUCGAGUCAGCCCGGUAACCAGUUCUCCAAUGUUCCCUAUGUGAUUUUUCAUUAUUCCAACGGAGAAGGAUUUCCUGGACAGGAAGAGUUCAAAGAUAGAGUGCUGUUCAUUGGAGACUUCAACAAAAGGGACGCUUCGAUACAGCUGAGUCCGGUUCACUUCAGCGACAAUGGAACCUUCUUAUGCGACGUGAAGAACCAGCCGGAUGUGAAGGGAACGCCAGCUCGGAUAAAGCUUCGGGUCGUUCUGAAAGAGGCCCUUCCUCCGAGCAAAACCGCCAUCAUAGUCGGAUCUGUUUGUGGAAUCUUAUUUUUGCUGGUCAUCAUUGCCGUGGUUGCCUGCGUCGUCAUGAAGGUGCUUCACAACCGAAACGAUUACGAAGGAUGUACGUCCUUCGAGAGCGUGAGCUCUCAGGCUCCGCAGCCACGAAAGAAGGUGGAGUCCAGCAGGGAGAGCUCCAGGUGUACCAGUCCCUCGGGUCCACUGCAGGUAGGAGCUGGGGGACAAAGAAAUGCACUGGCUGCCAACACUUCACUGGGCCCGGUGAUAUACGCCCAGCUGGAUCACUCGGGCAGCAAAAACUCCUUCCAUAAGAUGGAGCCAGUGGUCUACGCCGACAUUCGUAAAAACUGAAGAUGGGGACCAAAUAAUAAUAAUUCUAAAGAAAAAACAGUAAAGUAUGAGACCUCUAUCAGCUGCUCGAGAGAAGGGUGGGAAUAUUUUAACAGGGAAAACAAUUGGUGCAGUUUCCCUCUCCUUUUUUCUCUUUUUCCCCAUAUUUUGUCCUCUGAAAGCAUGAUAAUGGUAUAUGAUAAUGUCUUCAUGUGCUUUGUUGUAAAGAAACACUACACCACAUCAGCCUCGUGUUCUUCAAAACAGCCAUCCAUGUCGCGAUGAGAAUGCCUUCAUUGAUAUCAUUCCAGUGAGGAAAUGCUUUAUUUUUUUUGAAUCCUUAUGUUUGUGCCCCCCCCCCCCCCCCCCUCCCCCUUACCACUCCCAAGUCCACGUUCUGCAGGCGUUGCACCAACUCAGCUGACGUUUGUACGAGCGUAACCUCGGAGUCAAAGUAGAUAUGCUGUCAUCAAAGCCGGCCGAGAAGAAUUAGAUGAGCGGCAGUGGCUGUUUAAGAAGGAGAUUCAUCAUAUGAUCAUGUGAGCGAGCUGCAGGUGCAUGCUGGGAGACCCGGUCGAGGAGGUGUGCAGAGGCGUGAAUCACAGCCAGCUGGACUUGCUUUUCUUGGUUCUUGAAGACCUUGAACCUUCCACACUAACCAGAGCGAUGGGAGGAUCCAUCGGCGAUUUCCAGUCGACUUUCUGAACCAGUCGCAUAAACUGUGACUGAACUGACACAACCUGGAUGGAAGUUGAAGCGUCUUCAGGAACUAAGAAAAGGAACGUCCAGUUUCCCGGGAGAGCAGCUGUGGGAACGCGUUUGCUUGUGUUGUUUAAAAACAAUUUCUGGUGACUUCGGUGAAAGAUCAGCAAACAUUCGCGAGACAAACCUGGAGCUGCGUCGCUCCCUUUCCAACGUCGGGGCUGCUGCUUGCUCUCGUCCAACUCUCAGGUCGUGCUGAAUCAUCUGUGAUGAUGCAAUCGCAGCCAAAACAUUGAACAUUUUUAUUCCUCCCAGCCCCGGCAGGCUCCGCCUCCAUCUGACCUGACCGGUAGAGCAGCCAGAUGUGGAGAAGAGAAGUCCUGGUUUCCCCGUCUCCACCGUACGAGCAAAACGACUGGGUCCGUCACACGUCCACCUUCAGCCUUGCGUUUGUGUGUAGAAACAAGAAAACAAGCGCAAAAGAGAGAAGGAAAAGGCCCCUUGGCACAUGCGCCCUCAUUGAGCGGGAACAUGACGACUGACGGCCACCGAACAGCUGCAGUGUUGCAACACAAAUAAACCGAGUGCAUUCUGGGCUGAAGAGCUCACGUCUGGGAAUGCAGGAAAUCUGUUGUGCAGCUCAGUUUCAGUCAAAUAAAGUGUUAAAAGAGCCAACACUUAAAGCGGCUCGCGGGGGGAUCGUUGGCGGCAGGAUGGAGAUCUGAGAGGCGA